GGGACCAUCUUUUACAAACAAACUAAAUGAAUAAAUAAAUGGUGUGAGACAAUCUGUCCAGGCGUGACUUGACUUUUUUUAAACAAGGCGGCAUCUGGACGUUUGGAGCUGCUGCGGCCAUCUGGCUGCUCACCUUGUCGGAACACCUGGACACCUCGUGUCUCGAGCCGGCUGAGCCUCAGUCAGUCACCGAGCCGACGGGAAAGGGCGCGCGAGCUCCUCCUGACAGCGGCCCAGCAGCGCUCCUGCCGCUCGGACCCGCGCGUUUUCACCGUGGCAUCAGCGGCUCCUCGGAAGGGACCCCCGCGGACGCGCACCGCCCGAGAACCCCGAUGCGCACUGGACUGGCGGCUGCCCACCAGAUCCCCGGUCCAGAGGAAGGCCUGAUAACGGGACGCCGCUCCUUCCCGGCUCACGCACGCGCUCGGCUCAGCCGUGGGAACAGAGGCGCGCGGAAGACACGCGGUCGCUCGGGGGAGCGAUGCAGUCCAUUCUCUCCACCUUGACUUUGCUGUGUGUCCAGACACUGUUGGCGGUGAGCAGUCCAUUGCAGGUGUUCGGCAGGGACGGCAUGAACUUCAGCGUUCACGUGGAGAACCAGACACGGGUACGGGAUGCCAUGAGCAGGCGGCAACACCGGGUGUACCAGCUGUACAGCCGGACGAGUGGCAAACACGUGCAGGUGCUGGGGAGGAGGAUCAGCGCCCGCGGAGAGGACGGAGACAAAUAUGCCCAGCUCGUAGUGGAAGCUGACACCUUUGGAAGCCAGGUGAGAAUAAGGGGCAAGGAGACCAACUACUACCUGUGCAUGAAUCGUCGCGGCAAGCUAGUGGGCAAGAAGGCCAGCAACCGUAGCGCAGACUGCGUCUUCGUGGAGAAGGUUCUGGAGAACCAUUACACAGCACUAAUGUCGGCACGCUACGAGGGGUGGUACGUAGGCUUCACCAAGAGGGGGCGCCCUCGGCGUGGCCCCCACACCCUGCCCAACCAACAGGACGUGCACUUCAUGAAGCGCUUCCCUCCGGGCGAACAGCCAGACCUCCAGCCCUUCCGCUUCACCACAGUCAGCAAGAGGAGCAAGAGGGUGCAAGACACCGAACCCCGCUAGCACGCCCUGUCAUCACGCCAUCACGCAAACGGCUUGCGCAGCCUGCUGACACAGUAAAGCCAAUAAAAAGACUGCAAACACACACCCGGCUAGAAGACGAAGUUCACCCGCACACACAAACCACCAUCACGCCACUGCGCGGCGUGGACACUAAGACACAUACGGUUCAGCAAACCCAGAAGAACUCGGCAUAAAAACUACAGCAGCACAUUCAGCCACUAGCAAACCAUCAUAUGUCACUGAGCUAAAACUAACACACCUCGCUAACGUAACUCUGCACAGAUCACUAGCAAACCUCACUGCACACAUCGGUCAGGACACCAGUGGUCGAGUUCACUCAGAGCGACCACAUCGCAACGAAAUUCUCCCCAUGCCAAAAACGGAUCGGGCAUGGCCUGCGGAGGCAGCGAGACCAACGCAAGCCCAACUCGGUGUGGCAGUAGAGUGGAGUGGGACACCCUCCUGCUGCCACAUACGUCGGAAAAGAGCGUGGCAUCAAGCACUGGAGGACGCAGGGCCACGAAAAAGACUAACAUGGCCCUAUGACGUGGACAAGCGCUUCACAAACGCAUAAGCUAUGGAUCACUGUAGGCUACACAGUCUUCAGCACCAUAAAAUCCGUACAAUUGUGAGCACAAAUUAGGACGCGUGUACUGGGCCGUGUAACACAAGCCUUCUUGGAAGAGGUGGGGCCUUAUUUACAAUCAUGCUGCCUCUCACUUUCAGAACUAAUAUACCCAAAGGGGAAUAUAAGCAGCACCAAAGUCUACAUUUCUCCCAAAGACACCUUGGACACCAGAGGCAUAUGCAAAAAUUUGUAAGGGAUGAGAUGGAGAGCCUCUGCAUAGCACCACGGACAGUGCUGGAACCAUACUUACGGCCUCAUACACCAACACUAAAGAAGAGUAGACAAACAGUAAAUA